AUGGAGCCACAUCCAACCACAAGCGACGAGGGUUCUCAGAUCUCAUCUAUAACCAUCCUGACCCUGAAUUGCUGGGGACUGAAAUAUAUCGCAAAACACCGACACGAGCGAUUGUCCGAAAUAGGAAAUCGCCUAGCCACCUAUUCUCCUCAGCUCGAUAUCGUUGGCCUGCAAGAAUGCUGGACAUUUACCGAUUACCUAUCCAUCCGAGACAGCACUCGUUCUUUUCUUCCAUACGGCAAGUUCUACUAUUCCGGCAUCUUCGGUGCGGGUUUGGCCGUCCUCAGUCGAUGGCCAAUCGUCGAAUCUUCGAUGUACCGUUAUCCUCUAAAUGGGCGACCUCAAGCUUUCUUCCGCGGCGACUGGUUUGUUGGGAAGGGUGUCGCAUGUGCCAGGAUUCUACUGCCCGGUGGUGACAAUAUCGAAGUAUUCAACACACAUUUACACGCUCCGUACGAAAAGGAACCGAACGACAGUUACAUUUGCCAUCGAACAGCGCAAGCAUGGGAAAUUGCAAAGCUCAUGCGUGCAGCUUCGGACAGAGGCAGCCUAGUCAUUGGCCUGGGUGAUUUCAACAUGGUGCCGUUGAGCUUUGCACAUGUCCUGGUAGAAAGCCGUGCUGGAGUUCAGGACGUUUGGCGGGCCGUGAAACCUGGAAGCAGUGUUGGUGCAAGCGUGGACCCGCCUGAAAAGGAGCGCAGAAAACGUAUGGGCGAAGAGGAGACUCCGAGCGUCGAGACAAGUUUAGGCGAACACGGCCACACAUGCGACUCUGUUCUAAAUACGUGGCGAUGGAACAAGGCCCAUCAGAAGCAACUAGCGCAAGGACAUGACCGGAAAAUCUCGGGCACAGACUUGGACCCCAAAGCGAAGCGGUUGGACUACAUCUUUUUCAGCGGUAUUGGCAAGGGUUGGAGAGUAGCCGAUGUGAAAGUCGCGCUUACCGAACGACACCCGACCCUCCUCUGUUCGUUGAGCGACCAUUUUGCUGUGCAGACGACACUAGAAAGAACCCAAACUCGACCGCCUCCUCCGGCUAGAGUCGAAGCUCAUGCAGCCUUGCAUGACUCGAGUGCCGGAGACCCCAAUCUUCAGAUGGCGGAUUUUGAGGAGAAAGAUUUCGACAAGGCAAUAUCGAGCAUACCUACGCGAGGCCAAAUCGGCCAGGACUUCUAUAAAGACAUCCUCGCCAUGGUCCACAAAUACACCCUGCGAGAGAGGAAACAACGACGUUAUGGUCUCUUGCACUUCGUUGGCUCUGCCGUGGUGUCGAUUGGCUGCUUCGUCGCCAUCUGGUGGUCACCCCGGAAUUUCGUGUCCUUCAUUUUGAUUGUGCUAAGCAGUCUGGGACUCAUGGCUGGAACGCUCCAUGGGUUGAUUGGGGGUCUCUUUGUGGGGUCGGAAUUGAGAGCCCUGGCCGAGUUUGAGUGGGAAGUUCGAAAUGCACUACAUCUUGCAGGCGGGCCGGCCUUGGAAGAUCGAUCACUGAAAUUGAAAGACUGGUACGACUGA